AUGUCUCUUCCACGGAUCUCCUUUCUGGAAGGAUGGGAGCGCAUGCCCGCCGCAGCUCUCCUGCGGGGCCGUGCGGACGAGCCGCAGUCAGAUACCGAGUCCGAUACAUACCAAGAUCUGCCAGACGAUGCCUCGAUUGCUUCGUCCUUUCCCUCUACGUAUAGCAGACUUAAUUUCAAUCCGUAUGCCGGACCGGGCUGGAACGAGAGUACGAUAGAUGAUCGAGACGAGCGACGAUCGCUGCUGGGAAACUUUGGAUUCUCAUCUACGGGUCCACCGGUGGCUCGUGCGGAGUCACACAGGAGACAGUCGUCGGUCCUCUCAGGGACCGAGUCUCAAAAAGAACCUGUGGCGUAUCCAGAUACACGUGGGGCCUUUGAAGUGAGUCCUGCUCGAAGAAUAGCCCAGGUGUCGUUCGCGGUGAUCUACUGCUUUCUCGCGGCGGGAGUGGUGUUCGGGUUUGCAGCCUUGAAGCCUGUCCUCAUCCGAGAAAAUGUCUAUCGUCAUCUUUGCACACCUGAUGAACUUGAUCAAGACGCGGUUGUCUGCGACGGCCAAGAAAUUCGGCUGAACCUGAUGUUUACUAUCGCCGCUGUCGUGACCAAUGUUUCGGCUCUUCCCGUUGGAACCAUUCUAGAUGCAUAUGGCCCUCGUGCCAGUGGUAUUAUUGGAAGUAUCUUCCUCGCAACUGGUGCUAUUCUUUUCAGCUUGGCAAAAAGACUGCCAUUUGAUGGAUACAUCCCAGGCUACCUCUUCCUCUCCCUGGGGGGGCCAUUUGUCUUCAUCUCGUCUUUUCAGCUCUCCAAUACUUUCCCGAAACGAUCUGGUCUGAUUCUGUCCAUGCUGACCGGCGCUUUUGAUGCAUCGAGUGCACUUUUCCUCCUAUUUCGUCUUCUCAGCGAGUGGACAGACGGUGCUGUCUCAACACGGCUGUUCUUUCUACUUUAUCUCAGUGUGCCGUUGUUCAUCCUUGUCGUCCAACCUGGUGUUAUGCCGGCAACGUCGUAUAAGACCACCGGCGAACUCGUGCAGGAAGCCGAAGCGCAGGUUGUUGACGAGAUCAACGAUCGUAUCGACGUCGACAUUGAAGAUCGCAACGAAAGCGAGCGCCAACGCUAUCUCCGCCGCGAAAGGCGUCAGACCAUCGUCGGUCAGAUUCACGAUCUCCUAGACGACGAGACCGCCUCGGUCAUCUCCGCCGCCGGGAUCAACGAACGCAUUUUUAAUUCGCCAUUCCGGCCGUCAAGUCCGCACUCUGGGCAGCCAAGGCUUGCAGUUCGCGCUCGAUCGUCAAAGCUCCAGUUGCAGCAGGCCCUCCCUCAGAAACCCCCCAAUGCCAGCGGCGUCUGGGGUGUUCUCCAUGGCCGGAGUGCUUGGGAACAGCUCCAGACCCCCUGGUUCGUCUUGAUUACUCUUUUCACCAUUCUAAUGAUGCUCCGUAUCAAUUACUUUGUCGCAACUCUUCGGUCUCAAUAUGCGUAUCUCCUCGGGUCGCGCGCCGAAGCGGCCCGAAUCAACGGAAUCUUUGACAUUCUUCUCCCAGUCGGAGGACUUGUCUCUAUCCCGUUCAUCGGCACUUUUCUUGAUAAAUUCCAGACCCGCACAAUUCUCACUAUCCUCGCUGUCACCGCCACCGCCAUCGGAAUCCUGGGAUGUAUUCAGCACAGCCAAUUCGCUGCUUACGCCAAUAUCGUUCUCUUUGUGCUUUACAGGCCUUUCUAUUACACGGCUGUCUCGGACUAUGCGGCAAAGGUAUUUGGGUUCCAAACUUUCGGCAAAGUGUACGGUUUGAUCAUCUGUUUAGCUGGACUGGGUAAUUUCGCCCAGGCUGGCCUGGACACGAUCACACUGAAACGGUUUGGCGGGAACCCCAUCCCGGUGAAUGUGAUCCUGACGGUCCUCGUCGGCCUUGUGGGUGCGGCCUUGGUGGCAUUUGUGAGUUGGAAGACCGUAGUAAUUCGAGCCGAGAGUGGGAAGGGAUUGCGUGAUACGGGGGACACUUCGACGCACGUCCAUGGCACGAAUGGCCCGGUCAUUGAGGGAAGUGAAGCAGUGAAUCAGCUGGCAACUAGCAAUGGUGAGAGACAGCCCUUACUAUCUGGGGGUAGUAUUGAGCAGCGAACAUAUGGCUCGUGA